GUCUCCACGUUGGACUUAAAAGCGCCGCUCGCGUCCCUGCUCUUGUUUUCAAGUUGGAAACUGCCCAGUGCGGUCUGCUGUCUGUCUGGAGAGAAAGCAAAUCUUUGCGCCAUCAUGGACGACGACUUUGACCGCCGGAUGGAGCUGAGGAGGCAAAGGAGAGAGCAGAUGCGCCUGGAGACCGAGAAAAUGGGUUACUCCAACGACGACAACGACGAGGAAGCAGCUCGGGAGCAAAGGAGACGAGCCAGGGAGGAGAGGAAGAAGAUGAGAGAAACGGAAGAAUCCGGAAGCGGCGACGUCGUCGACGCCAACGAUGUAGCGGAGGAGGACAAGGCCUCCUGCUCCUCCGCCAUGAGCAUCGCGGCCGCAGAUGACGAGCAGGCCCUGGAGGAGCGCCUGGCCAAGAGGGAGGAGCGAAGGCAGAAGAGGAUGCAGGAGGCCAUCGAGAGGCAGAAGGAGCUGGACCCGAGCUUCGCCGCGGCCAACGGGAUCGACCAGGCGGACGUGGACGCGGGGAGGAUGAGAGAUGCGCAAGUGAAGGAGGAGGAGGAGGAGGAGGAGGAAGAGGAGAAACAAGUCCAGGAGGAGGUGACUGACGAUGAUACCAAGGAAGAAAAAGGGGGCUUAGUGGAGGUGUCAAUACAACUAACUUCCAGAACUAAGGAUGAGACUGAAGCUGAGCGCCAGGAAGCGGUUGCGCCUGAUCUUGACAAGGAAGAAGAACAACAGCAAAGGAUAAGGGAAGAGGAAGAGAAAGAGAAAGAGGAGGACCAUCAGUGGAACGCAAUGGAGGAAAAGAGGAGGAUCGAGGAAGAGGAAGAGGAGAGGAAGAAGAGAGAAGAGGAGGAGAGGCAGGAAAGGGAAAUGGAGGAGAGGAGGAAAAAGGAAGAGGAGGAAGAACAAAAGCGGGAGCUGGAGGAGAGAUGCAGGAAAGCGGAGGAAGAGAAGCGAAAACAGGAGGUGGAGGAGGAGAAAAAACUGAGGGAGGAGCAAGAAAAACGGGAGAUGGAGAAGAGGAGGAAGGAGGAGGAAGAAAAACAGAAGAGAGAAGCAGAGGAGAAAAAGAAGGAGGAGGAGCAGAAGAGGAGAGAGAUGGAGGAAAGGAAAAAGAAAGAGGAGGAGGCAAAACGUCAGAAAGCGGAGGAGAAAAAGAAGGAGGAGGAGGAGCAGAAGAGGAGGGAGAUGGACGAGAGGAAAAAGAAAGAAGAAGCAAAACGGAAAAGGGAAGCUGAGGAGAGGACUAAAAAAGAGGAGGAGGAGAAACGCAAAAAGAGGGAGCUGGAGGAGAAGAAAAAGAAAGAUGAGAAUGGAACAGGCAAACAGAAUGGAGCGCUCAUCGAGGUCAAGCUGAACAAGUCGGACAAGCGAUCGAGGGACGAAGGGCCGGCGUUCUCGGAACGCCGGGAGGCCGAGCGCAAGCUGCAGCAGCUCCAGCGCCGGCGGGACGACGCCGAGAGCGAGGAGAUGGAGAAGAUGAAGCGGAAGCAGCACCACGCCGAGGCCGAGCUGGAAGAGCUGAAGAGGAAGAGGGAGGAGAGGAGGAAGGUCCUCGGGGAGGAGGAGAAGCAAAGGAAACAAGAGAUGGAGGACAAGAAGAGCAAAGAGCAGGAGGAAAGGAAGAGGAUGAAGGAGGAGAUCGAGAAGAGGAGAGCGGAGGCCGCGGAGAAGAAGAAGCAGCUGGGCGAGGAGCCGCAGAAGCCCUCGUUCGCCGUCGGCCCCAAAGGGUCCUCCAAGAUCGGGGAGAAGGCGGAAUUCUUGAGCAAAUCGGCUCAGAAAAGCGUCAGAGCGACGCACUCGCCCAUCGUCUCCAAGAUCGGCAGCAGACUAGAACAGUACGCCUCCGCCAUCCAGGGGAACAAAGAGGUGAAGUCCCCCAAGGCUCUCAUGGCUGACAUCCCUUCGGGCGGCACGCGCAGCAUCAAGAGCAUGUGGGAGAGCGGCCAAGUCUCUAAUAAUCAAGCAAAUAAGGAUUGCGUGUCUAUGAAGGGAAGCGUCGCCAGUCGGACGCCGAAGCCCUCGCAGGCCGACAAGACCCCACCUGCGGCGUCAGAAGCGGCACCUGAGGCAGCGCCGCUGACAAAGCCUUCUGCACAGCAACGCACUCAAGACGUGAACAAGCAAAGCGAUGUCGGGAACAAGCGAAACGUGUGGGAGACCAAAAAGAGUUCGACGCCAGCCAAGGGGUUGGUUGGAGUCAAAAGCAAGUUUGCCUAAAAACCCCAGCAAAUAUUCACUGCCUGCCUUCAAGCAUGACGCCGAGCGACGAUCACAUGACCGGGAUGAGCCACCCUGUCCCAUUCCUCUGAAGAGUUCAAAAACAAAAACUAGCAAACAGUGCAAAAACCAGAUACUUACCAUAGUUAAAGGGGAAAUCCAGCGGUUUGCAUUAACAAUGUAUCAUACAAGUCAUGUAAUAUGUACUCUAUCUUGACAAUGUGAUGUUAAAUCCUCUCUCAUUUAAUAGUGUUUUGAGAAGAUUUUUAUUACAAAGUAUGAAUUUUCAGGGGCGCUGCCAUUUUCGGAGUCACAUGACCUACGUGCGGGGAUGU